CGUUGACGGCCGCAAGGACCAUGAGCGACAAGGAGGAGGAGCUCAGAGUGGCUGCAAGUGGCGGUCGACUGGACGACGUGAAGCGGCUCGUGGAGAAGGAAGGCGUCAACCCCAACUACAACAAUGGUAGAGCAUUGUGCUUUGCUGCUUGCAAUGGUCACACGACCGUCGUCGACUACUUGCUGAAGAAGAACGUCUCGACGGAAGGUCGCUAUGGUGGAGAUACACCUCUGAUCGACGCUGCUCAAUGCAAUCAUCUCGAAGUUGUGCGUCUCCUCUUGGACGCCAACGCCGAUCUCAACGCCAAAAACAACGACGACAAGACAGCGCUCGAUCUUGCGGCUGAAAAGAAACACAAUGACGUGGCGCAGCUCUUGCGCGACCAUGCCCAACGCAAACUCACCAAAACCAAGCUGCUUGCAGCGCUGCACGAAACACGCAUCCAAGAUGCCAUCACCCUCAUCAAGUCAACCACGGUGGACGUGAAUCUGCGGGAUGGCAAUUAUGUCCCACUGCUGCAGUUGGUGGUCGACACGGGGGACAUGGCGCUCCUACAAACCCUCCUGUCCAAGCCCAACCUCGACGUCAACGCCACCGACAAGGAAGAGCGCACGGCGCUGACACGUGCGAUCGCCAAGAGCAACGUUGCAGCGGUUUUUGCCCUGCUAAAAGUCAACCCUCUCAUCCGCUUGGUUGACAAUGAGGGUCUCGUGAUUGAAACCGACGUCUUGGGAUCACUGCUGCUCCACGCCGCAUCGACCAACGACGCAAGCAAUGUCGACAACCUGCUCCGCGCCGGAGUUCGUCCAUCCACCAUCAAUAAGGACGGAGCCACCGCACUGCACGUGGCUGCUGCUAACGGCUACGACACCAUCGCCGCGCUGCUGCUGGCAAAGGACCC